AUGGAGGCGUGGACCCUGCUGCUGCCUCUGCUCCUGGCCGGGGCCCAGGCUCGGGUCUGCUCUGUGAACAAGAACGUCUUUGAAGUCCAGGAGAACACGAUUCCCAGUGGACCCCUGGUGGACAUCUAUGUCCCUGAGGGCCAGCAGGUGACCCUCGGGCCCACGUCUACCCCCUUCGCAUUUCGGAUCCAGGGGACCCAGCUGUUUCUCAACGCGACUCCUGACUAUGAGGAGAACUCGAUGCUGCUGGCAGACCUGGAGUGCAGGAGGGGUAACAUGGUGGUGACCCAGCUGAGGGUGUUUGUGACCGUGUUAGAUGUCAACGACAACCCGCCUGUGUUCCCCUUUGAGGUCAAGGUCAAGAGAGUGCCCGAGGACACUAAAGUGAACACCAUUGUCAUUCCUGAGACGGAGCUGAAGGCCCAGGACCUGGACAAAAACGACAUCUUGUUCUAUACCCUCCGAGAAGUGACCCCGGAUGCCAGUAACUUCUUCUCCUUGGUGGGUGUGAACCGCCCCGCCCUGCAACUAAACCAGCCACUGGACUUUGACAGGUGUCAGAACAUGACCUUCCAGCUGCUGGUGCGGGACACCCGGAAGGAGGACGAGAUGCCCAGCCACACAGCCACGGCCACCUUGGUCCUGGAAGUGCAGCCUGCCGACCUUCGGCCGCCCUGGUUCUUACCUUGCGCCUACUCGGACUCUCACGUCUGCAUCCAAGCCCAGUACCUGGGGGCUAUCCCCACAGGCCACACGCUGCCGGCCCCCCUCAUCCUGAGACCUGGGCCCAUUUAUGCUGUGGACGGGGAUCGAGGCAUCAACCAGCGUAUCAUCUACAGCAUCAUGAGGGGGAAUGAGGACAGCACUUUUGUCAUCCACGCUGACUCGGGCAACCUCACCAUGGCCAGGAGCGUCCCCCAUCCCAAGACCUUCCUUUUGGUAGUCAAGGGCGAGCAAGAGGACCGCGCCCGCUACUCGGUGACACAGGUCACGGUGCAGGCCUGGAACGCCUCUGGGAGCCUGCCCCGCUUCCCUGAGAGCCUCUACCGUGGCACCGUGGCGCGGGGCGCUGCGGUGGGCGUGGCGGUCAAGGAUGCAGCCGACCCCUCCCAGCUGCUGAGGGUCCAGGCCCAGGACCCCGAGUUCCCAGACCUCAACUCGGCCAUCACGUACCAAAUCACCAACAACUCCCACUUCCGGAUGGACGGGGAGGUGGUGCUGACGGCUGCCCCGCUGACGCAGGCAGGAGCCUUCUACGCAGAGGUGGAGGCCACCAACACAGUGACGUCAGGCACAGCGACCACCGUGGUGGAGAUUCAAGUCUCAGAGCAGCAGCCCACCCCCACAGGUGAGCCCUCAGGUCCCCCAACACCCCCAGAGACUGGAAGAACAACCCAGCCCUCAAGCAACUCCACCACAGAAGUCCCCAAACCCCCUGAGCCUUCUCAGGGACCCUCCACGACCAGCUCUGGGGGGAGCACUGGCCCACAGCCCCCCUCAGGCAACUCCACCACAGAAGUCCCCAAACCCCCUGAGCCUUCUCAGGGACCCUCCACGACCAGCUCUGGGGGGAGCACUGGCCCACAGCCUCCCUCAGGCAACUCCACCACAGAAGUCCCCAAACCCCCAGAGCCUUCUCAGGGACCCUCCACGACCAGCUCUGGAGGGGGCACUGGCCCACAGCCCCCCUCAGGCAACUCCACCACAGAAGUCCCCAAACCCCCAGAGCCUUCUCAGGGACCCUCCACGACCAGCUCUGGGGGGGGCACUGGCCCACACCCCCCUUCAGGCACAACUGGGAAGCCAUCUGCCUCACCCACGCCUGGGGGGUCCUCCAGUGUGGGAGUCAGCACCUCUCCUUCAUCAGCCUCGUCCAGCACGAGCUCAGCUCAGACCUUGAAGCCAGGAGCUGGAGGCAGCACUGGGGAGGACCAGCGGUUCUCAGCAGUGGAGAUGGCGGCCCUGGGCGGGGUGCUGGGUGCGCUGCUGCUCCUGGCUCUCAUCGCCCUGGUGAUCCUGGUCCACAAGCACUAUGGCCACCGGCUCAAGUGCUGCUCUGGCAAAGCUCAGGAGCCUGAGCCCUGUGGCUUCGACAACAAGGCCUUCCUGCCGGAGGAGCACGAGGCCACCUGGGCUCCGGCCCCCAGCCCCGCCCCCAGCCCCGCCCCCCAGGAAGUCCCGCCCGCGCCCCAGUUGCCUGCGCCCCCCGCGCCCCCCGCGCCCCCCGCGCCGCCCACGCCCCGCGCCGCUGGGUCCCCCAGCCCCGUCCCAGGGCCCCCCGCGGCGACCCGGGACGAGGGCGGGCCCGCGGGCGUGAGGUCCAUCCUGACCAAGGAGCGGCGGCCCGAGGGCGGCUACAAGGCCGUGUGGUUCGGCGAGGGCAUCGGCGCGGAGGCCGACGUGGUGAUUCUCAACGCGCCCGCCUCGGACGCCGACGGCCCCAGCGACUCGGGCAGCGACGACGAGCGCUCGGACGCGGGCCCUGGCUGGGGGCCCCCCGAAGACACGGCCCGCACCGACUCCACCUACAUCUGA